AUGGCUUUUGACGACGAAGACAGUCCGCUGGUAGUAGGACCAGCACCUGCGGAUGGUGAGGGCGGCGCCCCAACUGUGGAGGAAACUCUGGAGGAUGACAUGCCCGACUACAAGCUAUUUGCAGCCGCAUUUUCUAAAAAGGGUGUCUCCAGCCAGACUAUCCGAAAGGGCGAAAAGGACUUUGAGACGCACGGAACCAAAGCUCAAGAUGGUGCGCUGGAGUCAAGUCGCAGGGCUCUGGAGGAUGUUUUGAGCUACACAAGGAUACAUCGAGGUGAUGCGUGGGCUAGAGGCUGGUGCUUCCCAGACUUUUGGAUGGAUGAGACAAACGUCGCCGUCGAUCAUGAGGGCAUGUGGCUUAAGGACCGCGUGGUGGUUAUGGAGCACGAGAAGGGAGGCUGGAUGAAGGACAUAGGAAGAGUAGCCUCUGGGAGCAAAGAUCAGCUCGGCGUGGGAAGAUUGUGGCUACUACCCGAGGAAGCCCUCUAUCUUGUCGAGAGAGGCACUAUUGACCUAUGGUGGCCAUAUACCGACUUCGAGACUCUCCUACCGAAGGGAAGCACUACUGGUGGACCGCCUCGGCCAGGCUUUGGUCCAGACGAUUACGACGUGGGCCUGCCGCUGAGUCUCGAAGCAGCGUACUCGCUUUUUAUCGGCUACGAAGAUGAGCAGGGCAAGACAACGCUGCCCAAGUAUCAGGUCUACGCACAUCUAAAGCGAGCAGGGUUCAACAUCCUCCGGGCGCCACCUGAACAGCCUAGACUAGAACCGACGAAGCCUUCGCAGACGCUGUGGCAAUGGCUCUUUUCCUUUGUCAAAUGGGAAGCUGGGCAGGACGGGAAACAUAGGCAGCAGCCCUUUGGCCCGCUUGUCGCCCCGGGACUGUACCGUGCCUAUCGACCUAUAUACCAGCAACUUGCCCUCGUACCUCGCCACAAGCCUCUUCCUGUGCCACCGAACCCAUCCAAGCCAGAGGAUCCCUUCCGGGUGCAUUUCCACGUAUGGAAACCGGGCGCAGGUGGGUUUUCCAAGAAGAAUCCUCCGCCCCCAGAUUUCCGAAUUGCCGUGGCCGACACAGCCGACUCGUGUCUCCCAACACUGGAGCAAAUCGACGCUCUGCUAGAAUCGACGCCGUAUGAUCCCGCGCCCGAGGCAUGGCGAGGAAAUCCAGGAAGGCUAUACCAGCGGCUGAAGCAUGGGCAUAGAAACGUGCUUGUGGCUGUGGUGGACAGAGGAUUGGUCAACUUUAUGAGAUUUGGAGAGGGUGCAUUUGGGGAGGAAAAGCUGUUUGAAAGGUUCGAUAAUAGAAACAGUGGCAGAGGUGGUAAGAAAGGCGGUCGCGGAGGUGGUCGCGGUCGCGGAAGAGGGAGAGGUCGGGGGAGAGGUGGGCGGUGA